AUGCAGCGUUCACCAGCUUUGAUCAAGAGUUUCAUUUCCAGUAAAAUCCUUCAUUCCCUUCCUAAGAGCCAAACCAGAACAAUAUCACGUUCAUGCGACGUGUUCAUAAAUCACCGAGGGAUCGAUACCAAGAGAACCGUUGCCGGGUUGCUCUACAACCACCUUUCCGGGAUGGGGCUUAAGCCUUUCUUGGAUAGCCAAAACAUGAAACCUGGGGACAAGUUGUUUGACAAAAUUGACAAAGCCAUUCUAAAUUCCAAGCUAGGUGUCGCCGUGUUCUCUCCUAGGUAUUGUGAGUCCUACUUUUGUCUCCAUGAGUUGGCUCUCAUCAUGGAAUCCAAGAAAAGGGUUAUACCUAUCUUUUGUGAUGUCAAACCCUCCCAGCUUCGGGUUAAGGACUAUGGAAUUUGUCCAGCCAAAGAGCUCCAAAGAUUCACCUGGGCACUUGAGGAAGCUAAAUACACGGUUGGACUUACCUUUGACACGUCAAGAGGGGAUUGGUCAGAAUUCCUAAGAAAUGCUUCGGAUGCAGUCAUGAAGAAUUUGCUCGAGGUAGAAGAUCCUUAAAUGAAGCUGAUACAUGUACAAAUGUACAUUACAAUUACGGUGAAGGAGGCCGAGAAGUGGUUUCGUUUUCAUUGUUAACCGAAGAUAUAUUAAUUCCUUUAUUUUUUUUAUGUAUAGGAAGAAACAAUUGGAGAUACACACUUGCUAACACAUACUUAAUGGUACUAA